AUGCAGCCUCGUUUGGUUCAUGUAUCUCCUCUUCUCAUCUCCAAAACCCUAGAAAACCCCCUCGCUCUCGAAAACCCUAGAAAACCCUCUUUCUCUACAUUCGCUACAGAAAAUGGCUAUGCUCGGGGCUCUAAGGAGAGCCGCUUCCAGAUCGGUGACUGGCAAUGCCAAAUUAUCAUGGGGUGCUGCUCCCUUGGGUCACAAAUGGGCAAAUUUGGCAAGGCCAUUCAGCUCAAAACCUGCUGGGAAUGAUGUUAUUGGGAUUGAUUUGGGUACCACAAACUCAUGUGUGGCGGUCAUGGAGGGGAAGAACGCAAAAGUUAUUGAGAACUCCGAAGGAGCGCGGACCACACCAUCUGUUGUUGCCUUUAACCAGAAAGGUGAGCUGCUUGUGGGAACUCCAGCCAAACGUCAGGCUGUGACCAACCCAACAAACACCGUUUUUGGGACCAAACGUCUGAUAGGCAGACGUUUUGAUGACCCACAGACACAGAAAGAAAUGAAGAUGGUUCCCUUCAAGAUAGUCAAGGCUCCAAAUGGUGAUGCAUGGGUUGAAGCCAACGGACAGCGGUACUCUCCUAGCCAGAUUGGUGCCUUUAUUCUGACCAAGAUGAAAGAAACUGCUGAGUCUUACCUUGGAAAAUCCGUUUCAAAAGCUGUAAUCACCGUUCCAGCUUAUUUUAAUGAUGCUCAGAGACAGGCAACAAAGGAUGCAGGGAGGAUUGCAGGUCUUGAUGUGCAACGUAUUAUCAAUGAGCCAACGGCAGCUGCACUUUCUUAUGGGUUGAAUAACAAGGAGGGUCUAAUAGCAGUUUUUGAUCUUGGAGGUGGAACGUUCGAUGUUUCAAUCCUUGAAAUCUCUAACGGUGUCUUCGAGGUUAAAGCAACAAAUGGUGAUACAUUCUUGGGCGGGGAGGAUUUCGACAAUGCCCUGUUGGAGUUCUUGGUGAGCGAGUUCAAGAGAACCGAAGCAAUUGAUCUUUCCAAGGACAGGCUCGCGCUGCAAAGGCUUAGGGAAGCAGCUGAGAAGGCUAAAAUAGAACUCUCUUCUACAUCCCAGACGGAGAUCAACCUGCCAUUCAUCACAGCCGACGCAUCAGGAGCAAAGCAUUUGAAUAUCACUCUGACAAGAUCUAAGUUUGAAACCUUGGUGAACCAUCUGAUUGAGAAGACUAGAAGCCCAUGUAAGAGCUGUUUAAAGGAUGCCGGCAUAUCUACCAAGGAAGUGGAUGAGGUUCUCCUUGUGGGGGGAAUGACCCGUGUCCCGAAAGUUCAAGAAGUAGUAUCAGAGAUCUUUGGGAAGAGUCCAAGCAAAGGAGUGAAUCCGGAUGAGGCGGUUGCUAUGGGAGCUGCAAUUCAGGGUGGUAUCCUCCGCGGAGAUGUUAAGGAGCUGCUGCUCUUGGAUGUUACUCCGCUUUCCCUUGGUAUUGAAACUCUCGGAGGCAUCUUCACCAGGUUGAUCAACAGGAACACUACCAUUCCUACAAAGAAGAGUCAGGUGUUCUCCACAGCAGCCGACAACCAGACUCAGGUGGGUGUUCGGGUGUUGCAAGGUGAGCGCGAAAUGGCUUCUGACAACAAGCUCUUGGGCGAGUUUGAGCUCGUGGGCAUUCCACCUGCACCCAGAGGCUUGCCCCAGAUCGAGGUCACUUUUGACAUCGACGCGAAUGGAAUUGUGACUGUUUCUGCCAAAGAUAAGUCUACUGGUAAAGAACAGCAGAUCACAAUCCGAUCAUCUGGAGGACUCUCAGAAGAUGAGAUUGAGAAGAUGGUCAAAGAGGCUGAGCUUCAUGCUCAAAAGGACCUAGAGAGAAAGGCUUUGAUUGACAUCAAGAACACUGCAGACACCACGAUCUACAGCAUCGAGAAGAGCUUAAGUGAGUACAGGGAUAAGAUCCCCGCUGAGGUCGCGUCGGAGAUUGAGUCUGCUGUGGCUGAUCUGAGGAAGGCGAUGGCGGGAGAGAAUGCUGAUGAGAUAAAGGAGAAGCUUGAUGCAGCGAACAAGGCAGUUUCGAAGAUCGGACAGCAUAUGUCGGGUGGGUCCGGUGACGGGUCGGCUUCUGGGGGGUCUCAGGGUGGUGAGCGGGCACCAGAGGCCGAUUAUGAAGAGGUGAAGAAGUAGAUUUGACUCUGAUGAAAUGAUCCCCUUCCAUUUUUUAGUGCUUCCUGAGAAGGUAUGGGAGUCGGUGUCCCAAGUGGCUUAUUUUUGUUAAAUGAUAUAUAGAUUUCGAGAUUUGCAGUUUUGUACCUAAUCUUUGUAGGCUUUUCAGUUACACUAGAGAAACUUAGCUCUGGGAAAUAACUCGCAUGUUGUUGAACUCUUUCAACAGAUGGGAGGUUGAUAAAGCCCGAUCAGAAGGUGGGCCAUCAUGGAUUUUGAUAAUCUUUUUGUUGGUAUUGAUGCAUGGCCUCAGUUCAGGAACUGGUGCCUUUAAUCUUC